AAAAACAAGUCUAUAAUAACAAUAGUUUUUGUUGCUCUUUUUUCACAUCAGUACAAUGGCGUCGAAUGAACAAUUCAAGAGGGAAAGAGGUGAGGCAGCUGCAAAACUAGCUGCUAAAGAUCUUGAAGACGUGAACAGAGGAAGAGAACGUGAUUUGAGUGCUUCAGAGAAGCAGCAACAACAACAACAACAACAGGGAGUUGUGGGGUCCAUGCUGAGGGCUGUGCAAGACACAUACGACAAUGCCAAGGAAGCUGUGAUUGGAAAGAAGGGUGUUUCGGAUUCGGAUACUCCAAGGGAUCAUGUGGCUUAUGUUGCUCCUAAGGACGAUGAAGGAAAAGAAGUGAAAGAGAAGGCAAAGGAGAGUGCAGAGAAAGCAGGUUCAAAAGCUGAAGAGUAUACAGAUUAUGCAGCUCAGAAAGCAAAGGAAACAAAGGAUACAACACAGCAAAAGGCAGGGGAAUACACAGAUUAUGCAGCUCAGAAAGCGAAGGAAACAAAGGAUGCAACAAAACAAAAGGCAGGGGAAUACACAGAUUAUGCAGCUCAGAAAGCGAAGGAAACAAAGGACUAUGCUGCAGAGAAGGGUAGGGAAGCGGCUCAGAAAGCGAAGGAAACAAAGGAUGCAACAAAGCAAAAGGCUGGGGAAUACACAGAUUAUGCAGCUGAGAAAGCAAAGGAAACAAAGGACUAUGCUGCUGAGAAGGCGAAAGAAGGAAAGGAUGCUACAACGGGGAAGCUUGGGGAGUUGAAGGACGCAGCUGCAGAUGCAACCAAAAAGGCUAUGGAUUACUUGAGCGGAAAGAAAGAGGAAACCAAGAACAAGACUGCAGAGACCGCUGAGGCUGCAAAGAACAAGGCUUCGGAGACCACUGAGGCUGCAAAGAACAAGGCUUCAGAGACCGCCCAGAAGACUAAGGAAAAGCUGAGCGGAGAAGACGAAGAAGCGAGGAGGAAAAUGGAAGACGUAAAGGUGGAAGAUAAAGGAUAUGGGGGGCGUAGAGAUGAGGCGGUGAUCAAAAUGGAAGAGACACGACCAGGAGCGGUGGCGGAAACGCUGAAAGCAGCAGAUCAGAUGACGGGUCAGACCUUCAACGAUGUGGGACGCAUUGAUGAUGAAGGGGUCAUUCGUAAGGGCCCCGCCGGUUAUAAAAUGUGAUAUAUAAUAAUAAUAAUAUCAUGUUACUGAUCGGUACAUUACAAUGUAACUUGUUUCUGUUCCUUUUUGGUUUUCUCAUAAUAAAAAAUGUAUCCACUUAAUAUUUUGUUUGUUCAGAGUAUGUGUAUCGUCCUAAUAUUUUUUUCUUAGGUGAAAUUUGGUCUUGGUAAUUGGUUCUGGGAUCUUCUAAUGAAU